AUGUCGAUGAUUCCUCCGCUUUCAAAAAGAAGCUCGACGACGAAGCUUCCAUGGCAAGUGCUUGACCUUGUUUCUAAUCAUCUGGACCCUAAAACCCUAGCCACAGCCUGUUGCGUCUCCAAGACAUGGUUCACUUGCAUUUCCUCCGACCAUAUUUGGCAGCCCAUUUGCACCACCCAUUUCCCUUCUCUCUCUUGUAACCUCAAGCUCAUCAACCCCGCCCUUCCCUACUACCGCCUCUAUGCCAUGGCCUCCACCGCCGCCAAACGCCGCUCCCGGACCCCCUCCAAACCCUCCCUCGCCCUCCACGACCUCAUCCUCACCGUCAACGUCUUCAGCCACAACAAAGCUGUCUUCAGUCUUGAAAAACCCGGGGACGAGCUAGUCAUGGAUAAUGGUGUUUUCAAGUUCGAUAUUGACGUCGAUAACUAUGAGGUUGAAGCUGCGGCGUCGGAGUCGGUGAGUGUUACGUGGAAUGUGGUGUUGAAAGGGUGGAGAGGGGUAUUUAAUAUGAUGGAAUCACGCAAAGGGAAGAGAGGGGUCGACGACUGGUGGUUCUCGGAGGAGCUGCCUUUGCCGGGGUGUUGCUCGAGCCUCGUCGACAGUGGUGUGGUGGCGGAGUUGAGGUUGGUGUUUACUGAAGAAUCUAAAACGGGUGGAAACAAUCUUGAUCGUGUUGGGCGGAUUAACAAAGUCAGCGUGGGGAUGUUCAGCACAGCAAAGUUGAGAUAUGUCGGGGUCGAUGAUGGUUUCAGAUACUUGCAACACUUCCUUUGUUAG